UCCCAAAUAUUUCAUCACCGCCAUCAGAACCUACCCUAAUCUUCAUCUUUAUCAAGUUAUGACUGAGAAAGUCAACACUCCAACUGGUGUUCUCGACCAAGAACGCAAUGCCUCUCGCGAACCUUCACUCUUUGACCAAAAAGAACUCGAUCGUCUAGGUCGAGAGCGUCCAGCAUGUUUCUCAAACCUCUUAUCGGAGCUGGGCUUUAUCUUUGCGGUCGUGGGUUCGAUGAUGGUUAGCGAGUAUUUUGUUUCUGGUUUCAACAUUAUCCUACCUUCGUUGGCUGUUACACUCGAGAUUCCGGAUGAGGUAAGGACUUGGCCUGCUGCUGUCAUUAAUCUUACCACGGCUGUUUUACUUCUUCCGUUCGCGAGACUUUCUGAGAUUCAUGGUGGAAGGUUCAUCUUCCUCGGCGGACAUGUUUGGUUGAUUAUUUGGUCGAUUAUCGGAGGUUUCAGUCAGAACCCUACCAUGCUUAUUGCUUGUCGAGCUAUGCAGGGCCUAGGGCCUUCAGCUUUCUUGCCGUCAAGUGUGGCGAUCAUGUCACGCAUUUAUCGCCCAGGUCCAAGGAAGAAUCUCGUUUUCAGCAUGCUUGGCGCCUUUUCUUGCAUCGGCUUCUACUCUGGAAUCUUCUUCGGUGCAUUGUCGGCCCAGGUCCUUGGUUGGAAGUGGUAUUUCUUUAUUGGUGCUUUCUUUUGCGCAAGUAUCUUCAUCACUGGUCUUUUGACUAUUCCAAAGAGCCAUGGAGAUCCACUUCCUGAUUUGAAGAUGGACUGGUUGGGCACUGCUACGGUUGUACCGGGUCUUGCAUUGGUGGUGUAUGCAUUGACUGAUGGCGGAAAUGCGCCCCAGGGCUGGAGAACUCCUUAUGUCUAUGUUACCUUGAUCUUGGGUAUCAUCUGUCUCGCACUGUUUGUGUACAUCGAGGGAUGGCGAGCCAGCCAACCUCUUAUGCCUGCAGAAGUUUUCAAGACGAAGUACAUGAGUCGAUUGGUCUUUGCGCUAUUCAUGUCCUACGGAUCUUUUGGUCUGUUUCUUUUCUACGCUAGCUUCUACAUUGAAUCGGUUUUACACAUUGGACCCUUGCUCACAGCAGCUUGGUUCAUCCCUCUCGCGGCUGGCGGUUUCAUUUUGGCUAUCGUUGGCGGCUUCGUUCUUCAUAUCCUUAGCGGGCGAUUACUCCUAAUCAUCUCCGGCCUUGGUUUCCUCGGCUCAACGGUCUUAUUUGCACUUAUUCCCGACAGUGGACGAUCCAACUCAUUCCUCUACUGGGCAUUUGUCUUCCCCGCCAUGAUUCUCGCCACAGUUGGGGUAGACAUUGCCUUUAACGUUACCAACGUCUUCAUCACAACAUCCCUCCCUAAUCAUCUUCAAGCAGUUGCCGGUGCUUUGAUCACCAGCUUGCUCUACCUCGGUAUGGCAUUUUGGCUAGGUGUUGGAGAGAUGGCAGUAUCUGCGCAAAAGGAUAUCAAAGGUGCUGAGAAUGUUGAUGCGCGAAGCCAGUAUCAAAUUGGAUUCUGGACUGGUGCUGGACUGGCUGUGGCGUCUUUGUUGAUCUUUAUCACGGUCAGGAUGGAAUCGGCUAAAGCUGAUUUGACAGCGGAUGAGAAGGCUCAGAGAGAACGAGAGAGGGCUGUAGAGCAGAGCACGGAGUAAUGAGCUUGUGGUUCGGC